AUGCUGCCCCUUACCUUCACCGAGCCCUCUGCCCUAGUGCUCAUAGACAACCAAGCCGCCUUCAAGCAUCCCACGCACUGGGGUCCAUCACGCUCCAAUCCAGCAUUUGAGCAGAAUCUUUCUACUUUGCUCGAAGCAUUCCGCACAGCGCGCCAGCGUUCUUCAUCGCCCAUUUACAUUAUCCACAUCUUCCACUCUUCAGUCUCUCCGGACUCUGAACUCCAUUCCAGCAACGCAGACGGUAUUAAACCAUUGGACUUUGCUGUUCCAGCUGCAGACGGAUCUGAGCCGGUGUUUUGGAAGAGUGUGAAUUCAUCUUUUAUCGGCACAGGGCUGGAAGCGUUCUUACGAGAGCAUGGAGUACGACAGGUGUUUUUCGCCGGCUUGACGACGGACCACUGCGUCUCCACUACAACACGCAUGGCCGCAAAUCUGCAUGUCGUCGAUAAAAUCUCCUACCAAGGACAAGAGACAGAUAAAGUGACGGCCAAUGCAGACGGCUCACUCCCGGAAGGUGUUCGUAUUGAGCACGGCCGAGUCGUGCUUGUGGCCGAUGCUACAGCUACGUUCGCCAAGGGAGGGUUCGAUGCAGAGACGAUUCAUGCUGUUUCCGUUGCGAGUUUGAGUGAAGAGUUUGCGGAUGUUUUUAGUACGAGGGAUGUUGUUGAGGCGUUGCGGAGUGUCUCGUAG